AUGUUCGCCUCAAUCGUGUUCCCCAUGCUCGUCCUAGUGCAGCUUGUUUCGGGGCAAGUGAAGCCGUCUUCGAUCAGGUGUGCUACCGCCGACGGGUCUCAGCCCUUGCUUGACCGACGCGACUGCACCGACGUUUUCGAGUAUGCGUUGACAGCGGUUCAUCUUGGCCUGGAUGAAUGUCGCAACCAACCGUUCAAUGCGACGAUAGGGGCCAGUCAGCCGAUCUCGGUCAUUCUGGAUUACGGCCACAACGGCUCGCGUUGUCAGAAGCCCAAUUAG